AUGUUUCAACUCAGAUCUAUAUUUUUAAUCGCUCUGUCAUGUGCGAGUUUAGUAUCAUCUUACCCUUUGCUGGCCCGAGAAAACUAUGACGGCAAGGCGAGAGACUCCCACUGGGUGAAUAUAUGGACCACAAUGCCCCAGCUGGUCGAGCCCGCUAAUCUACCCCCUGUUCCAUUUAAUGGAUCCACCACUGUCUUCAGUAAUACUACAAUUCGUCAAACCCUCCAAGUUUCAUUGGCUGCACAGGAGAUCCGUAUUCGACUUUCUAAUGCAUUUGGGCCAAACGAUCUCAGGAUCACGAAAGUGACUAUCGGUCUACCAGAGAGACAGAAGGUGGGAGUCAGUGGUCUACAAACCAAGACAUUGAAAACUGUAUUCUUCGAUGGAAGCCCGGACCUGGAGAUCCCGAACGGUGGACUGGUUGUGUCUGAUCCAAUAAAGUUCCCCAUUGAGGCCCAAUCAGCUCUCAUGCUCAACAUAUAUCUUGCAGAGGGACAGAAAGGCUUCUCUAUUACUGGUCAUCCUGGAAGUAGAACGACAUCAUACCUGGCUUUGGGGGAUUGGACUGGCGCAGAGAACCUCACGGACUCAUCUGUUCAAAGCACAGAUCAUUGGUACUUUAUGAGUGGGGUAGAGGCUUUGCUAUCUUCUGAGUCUAGUGGCUUCGUGAUCAUUGGCGACAGUAUCACUGAUGGGCGAGGAAGCACUACAAAUGGCAAUGAUCGUUGGCCGGAUCUAUUACUGGCAAGAAUGCAAAAGCACAAACCCACGUCAAAAGUCGCCAUUCUCAACCAAGCCGCUGGCGGAAAUCGAAUCCUACAAGAUGGCCUCGGUCCAAAUGUGAUCAGUCGUCUGGAUCGGGACGUCCUAGCACAAUCUGGAGUGCGAUAUGCGAUGAUCUUCGAAGGUGUCAAUGAUAUCGGUGUCGCCGAUAGUGAUGCAGCCACGCAGGCGGAGAUUGAGAAGAAACUUGUUGCGGCAUAUAAACAGAUCGCGACACGGGUGCAUGCUCUAGGCAUUCCGAUAUUUGGUGCUACUAUCACGCCGUUCGGCUCGCCGCCGAGCUCUGACUAUGUGCAGCCUUACUCAAGUGCCGUGCGGGAGAGGACUCGUCAAAGAAUUAAUAAAUUUAUUCGGGAAAGUGAUGUGUUUGAUGCGGUACUGGACUUUGACCGUGUGUUGAGGGAUCCACAUGCGCCAUCUCAGUUGCUGGAAAAAUAUGAUUCGGGAGAUCAUCUUCAUCCUACUGUGGCGGGGUAUCAAGCUUUGGCUGAAUAUUUUCCUCUCGCGGUAUUCGAGUGA